AUGCGGAAAGAGCUCGCACCAGUCAUUCAAGGAUGUAUUCGCAAUCUUGAGAGGCUGGCAAAGAUUAUCGCAAAGUACAGUGCGUUGUCUGUGGAAGAAAGAAGUGCUACUAAGCUAUGGCGGCAAGUGAGGUUCGGAAGUGGAGAGCUGGUUGAUGUUGCCGAAUUGAGGAGGCGGAUUACCGAUCACACAUCGGUAUUGAGCUUGUAUAUCAACAUGAUCGCUGCCGGUGGCGUAGGACGGAUUGAGAAGCAGAUGCAUGACGCCGGUGGCGAUUUGAAAGAGAUAAAAUUGGCCGUUAAUGGGAUCACGGCCCAUCUUCUGUCGAACUACUCAGGAGAUGACAAGGCUGUCUGGAAGGAAUUCCGUCGAGAGUUGCUCAAAGAUGGUUUCUCUAGCUCGGUGAUCAAAGAGCACAAAUUAAUAAUCCAGGCUUACAUCAAGGAGCUCGGUGGUAGGGGCCUACUAGACGAUUCAAAUCCUGUCGAAUCGAAAUCUUCACCCGAGCCUGAAGGCAGCAACGAAUACUUGAUUCCCCCUGUAAUUACUAUGAGCUCAGUCCAAGAAGAUCCAAAGCAUACUGAGCUUUCCAAAAAAGAGAUUGAAGGAAAAGAUAUUGAUUUCAGCCCCAUGGAGACCCCAAUGUCACUGCAGCCACGUUCGGAUAGAGAGAAGAAAGCCGAGAAAGCGCGGCACAAGGAAACAGAACUUGAACCCGAAAUCAUUCAUCUCGAUCAUGAUAGCAUGGUCCCUUUUUCCGACAUCGGAUACAAAGUCUUCAGCCGUUUUAACACCACUAGCAGUGAAAAAGACCCUGCGCGGAAAACGAGAAACUCAGAAACCAAGUCAGAGAGGAGUAGGGACAAUGUAACCUGGGAACAAGUAAAAUAUCGGGACAGCAGAUCUAGCCUUGGUUUUUAUGAUGAUGAGACUGUGAUUAAUCUUGAACUACUCUUUCAUCAUUUCUCCAUAGAUUCCACCAGUCAUAUGAACCGAAAAACAUGCAUCAAGCGGCCAGAUGACCCCCAAGAUCGUCAAGAAAUGAAUAAAUUUGAACUACUAGUCUUUGAGAACUCGCUGUACAUUGGUACGUACGAGUUGAGGACUCUAACACAAGACAUACGUCCGUUCCUUUUGCGCACAACCCUUGAAGACCUCAUAGGCGGGGAGGCCUUCUUUGGUUUUCCGGACAAGUGGAUUUGUAUCGACAAGAAUUCGGGGUUGGAACAUCCGUAUGAUUUCUUCUCUAGCACAUAUAAAUAUGGCAGCAGGGAGCCAAUUAGAAUGACAGGUUCGGGAGAUCUAUUCUGCAUCUCUUUCAAGAAAUUUCUACGAUUCAGAAUUGGUUGGAACGUCGGAUUGGUAGUGAACAAGCACAACAAGAAUGGACAAUGA